UACCCGUGGCCGCCUACAAUGUCCAGUUCAUGUUGUUUUUGAGGUGUUUCCGAGGUGCUGCCGGAUGUUAAGGUUUGAAUUUGUGGCAAGUUUAAAAACAGCGAUUGAGGAAAGUAAGUUGAAGGGACCGGAAGCAGCUGAACGGGACCGAGUGUUGAACCGCAAGUUGACACUGAGGAAGUGAGAUCUUACCGCACUCUGACGCCUCAGGUAUCUCAAACCUGAGCUGCAAGAAUGAGUCGGAUCAGGCUGCAGUCCUCAAAUAAACUGCUGCAGUUCUGAAUGUAUGCAUAAAGCAGAGCAUCAGUGUUCUUUUGAAAUCCCUGAAUACUUCAGAAGUAUAUGUAAACCAAAUGAAUGCUGUUGUCGCUCCUCUUUAGCCUGCAUGUUUUGUGGCCUUUCGGAUGACUGUACUGAAAGGUUUGGGGAGAAAAAGACCUACCCUGAACAUGACUUGACCCUGCACUACUAUUGUUUGCUGCUAUCCAGUGGUAUCUGGCAAAGAGGAAAAGAGAAUGAAGAAAUUUAUGGGUUUCUUGUUUGUGACAUUAAGAAAGAGAUUAACCGAGCAAAGAAGCUGAUGUGCGGUCUAUGUAAAAAUCGAGGAGCUUCCAUUGGCUGCGUGUUCCCAAAGUGUAGACGUAGUUUCCACUACCCUUGUGGUGUGAAGAAAGAGUGUAUUUUCCAGUUCACCGGCAGCUUCAGAUCAUACUGCUGGGAACAUCGACCUGUCCAGAAGAUUGUCUCAUCACAAGCAGACAGUUCUCCUUGCACCAUAUGCCUUGAACAUAUAAGCAAUGUCCCUUCUUACAAUGUUCUGCAUGGCCCCUGCUGUAAAACGUCCUGGUUUCACAGAAACUGCCUGCAGCGUCAAGCUCUGAGUGCUGGAUUGUUUUUUUUCCGCUGCACAGUGUGCAACAAUAGGGAUAAGUUUCAAAAGGAGAUGCUGCGUAUGGGGAUCCAUAUUCCAGAGAGGGAUGCAUCAUGGGAGCUUGAGGAAAAUGCUUUUCAGGAACUUUUGGUACGAUACCAGCGCUGCGAUGCCAAGAAAUGUGUAUGUCGUGGUGGCCGGGAGUAUAAUGAUCCAGAAAGUAAGUGGGAAAUAGUUUGCUGUCAGUGUUGCGGGUCCAGUGGAACACACAGGGCAUGCUCCUCUAUUCAAAAACUUGAGCCCAGCUGGGAGUGUCCAGACUGCAGCGGCAUUGUAAGCACACCAGGGAAGAGAUCACGUCCUGCAUCGUUGGCUCAAUCUGAUCAACUUGGAUGUCUGGGUUUUGGAAUAGAGUCCUCUCCUAAAUGCCCAAGGCUGUCCACAACCCCUGAGGACAAGGUACUCCUCAGACAUAUACCUACUCAAGAGAGGACGAUUUUGGACAUACUGCAUAAUCUCAGGCUUCAGAUAAACACUGAUUCUGUCUGUACAAUGCUGAUUCAAAGAGAAACUCUCUGGGAAAGCUCCAUCGAAUGUUUUCAAAACAGCAAAUUUUGCCCUUCUGGCACACUGCGGGUGAAGUUUACAAAGCACAAGUUCCGAAAAGAGUGCAAGCAGUCAAAUGGGUCUUUAUCGGAGUAUUUUGGUUUGCUGCUGAAUGCUAUUCGGAGCUCUCCGCUGCUAGAGGGGUCUGAGCACAAGAAUAUAGCUUUGAAUUUUGAAGCACUGCAGGACAAGCUGUAUUAUGAAGCUGGAAGAAUGGUGGCAUUGGCUUUGAUCCAUGGAGGACCUGCUCCUGGUUUCUUCUCUCAGACUCUCUUUCGUUGCCUCCUUUAUGACCCCCAGCUUGUGCUCCCUUCUGUAGAAGAUGUGGCAGAUCCCAAUGUUGUUCAAGCUAUUCUUACGAUCCAGUCUUGCCAGAGGCUUGGAAUGCUGAAAUCUGCAGUUGACCAUUACUUUGACUACUUGCAGAAGACUGGUAGUCUGUGUCUGGUGCAAACUGUCAGGGACAGGGAUCUCCUAGUCAAGCAAUUGCUGUCCUAUCAUGUCAUCCGUAGGGUACAACAACCACUAGAAAGCUUUAAACAAGGUUUAAUGACUCUGGGGGUGCUAGAGAAGAUUCAGGCUCACCCCACGUUAUUUUGGAGUGCCCUGGUCUUGGGACCAGAGAAACUAACUGCAAAAGCCAUGGCUGACCUGUUCACUGUGACAUAUACAGGCCUCAGUGCAAAGCAGCAGAGUGACGCUCUAGGAUUCUGGGUAGAUUAUCUGGAAGACACAGAAGAAGGGACAACUGCAAGUUCCUUGGAGGAUAUUCUGAACUUUGCAACAGGUUUGCCUUCCAUUCCACCAGCAGGUUUUGAUCCAUGGCCGUCUGUCCGGUUCCGAAAUAAAGCCAGUCUUAAAGCGCGCAAAAACAUUCACUGUCUGGAAUUACCCGUCUGCUCCAGCUAUUCGGAUUUCACCGAUAACAUGAACAAGGCAAUAUGUAAAGUUCUGUGCAAAGCAUAGCUGCAUGUUUGGCCUUUUACUUUUGAGGUUUUUCAUUGUAUUUUUUCAUAGCCUUGCUUGGAGAAUAAAUGCCUGUGACUUGCCCUAUGGCCUGUUUUUGGGACUAGAAAGGCCAGACUCUUCGGGGCCUCUACACCAGCAGUAUUUUUUGCCAGAUUAAAAAAGUUGGAACUGUGCAAUUUUAUAAAUCUUUUCCUGCAUUACUGAGAUGGGGCAGCUGAACCAAGUACUUCUACAGGAGAUUUUUUUUUUUUUUCUUUCAUUUCUGUUUUUAUUCAGAGGUGUCUUGCUUUCAUCUCUCUUCAGCCUCAUCAAACUGUAAAUCAUUGACUUAUCAGGAUACAGAAAGAUUAUUCUCAACAAAUUGGGAUUUCCAGAAAAACAUGAUUCAGGUGUUCAUGUUCGCAAAGGGAACCCCAUACAGUGUUUACCUUUCACAUUUUAAGAAGGAAUAAUGCAGUAAUUUGUUUUAGUGUUUUUAAUACAUUGUUGAAAUCUGUUUUGCUGUGCAUUGAAGAUCCUUCCUACUUAAGAGGUUGAAAGAAAAUCUCUUGGGGAAGUCUUGCAACAGUGCCAUUUAGUAAACUGUUACCCCUGUCUUGGGCCAGACCAUUGGAAACUGUGGGAGGAGGCACACUAAUGAUUUAAGAUAUCAAUCUGAGUGAACAGAUUGGCUUUGUAAUAGAUUUAUAUGUUCUGUGUUUUGUUAUUUUUGCCAAGUUAAUGUUUGGGUCUAGGACA